AUGACUACAAGUAAAUAUAUCAAGAAAUAUUCUCUAUCUGGAAUGUUAAAGCCAGUAUCCCGCGUUCGGUUCAGUUUGUGCGGAAACUGGCUGGCCGUGGCUUCCGGUGAUUCAAUUCUCCGCAUUUUCAACGCCCACGACGGCAAUUUCGAGAAAUCCUUCGGGGGACACAAACUGGGACUGUCGGACGUCUGCUGGUCCCCCGACAGUCGUUACCUGAUUACAGCCUCGGACGACAACACGUUAAAAAUAUGGGACUUUAUCACCGGGAAAUGUCUGAAGACUCUUCGGGGACAUUCGAGCUUUGUCUUCUGCUGUGUGGUGAACCCUCAGUGCAAUAUUAUUGCCUCGGGGUCAUUCGAUGAGACAGUCCUCGUGUGGGAUGUCCGCGGAGGGACUCCACUCAGGACAUUGCCUGCCCAUUCCGACCCAAUUUCCGCGGUCGACUUUAUAACCGACGGGUCUCUCAUUCUGUCGGGCAGUCUUGAUGGACUUUCACGGAUUUGGGACACUGCGACUGGCCAGUGUCUGAGAACUCUCCUCAGUGGGGACACUCCGCCAGUCUCGGCUGCCCUGUUCUCGCCCAAUGGGAAGUACAUGUUGAUUGCCACGGUGGAUUCGCGGAUUAAACUGUGGGAUCUCUCCUCCUCGAAGGUUGUGAGGACGUUUGAAGGACAUGUCAACAACAAAUUUUGUUUGUCGGUUAUUUUUGGGGGACGUGAGGAGGGGCAGUCAGUGAUGAGUGCAUCUGAAGAUGGGGCAUUCUAUAAGUGGGAUGUUCGGUCGGCCAGGAUUUGUGAGUGUAUUCCAACCGGCCCCAAUCCUCUUCUUUCUCUUGAUUUACACCCAACUCUCCCCGUCAUUGCCACCUCCGCUCUUGAGCCUAACAAAACUGUCACACUCUGGCACUAUUCCUAA